AAACAAUUUUACUACCUCUAAACACUGUUAUUCCAAGAGCGAAACAAUGAACAGAGCUCGAUUUCCACUGCACUUGUUCAUUUUUUGGAACGUUUUAUGCUUAUCCUUCCAAGUGAGAGUAAAGAACAUCUCUUCUGCCGUGUCGAGGCAAAUUCGAUCCAUUGGAUUUCCCGAGGGUAGCGGAAUGGGGAUCUUUUUCGCUGUGGCAAUACCAAUAGACAUACCAGAUAAAUCAAUUUCAGUUUCAUUUUACUUUGAAGCAAACUACGCACUUCCUGGUGAUAAAAAUUCCAGUUAUUACGACGAAUAUUAUCAAAAAAGAAAUAUCGAUAGAAGUUUAGCUUAUAAUAUUGUGAAAAGAAAAUUCGAAAGUGUGGGAUUUCCGGGUAAAGCAUGUCUAUUACGUACAAUUUGUGAAGUUGCGGAAAAGCCAAUAAAUGAAAAUGGAUUAAUUGGAGAUAUUUUACACAUCCUUUUUACGCCUUCCAGUUCACGUGAUGAAAAUUUGCCAAAUGAAAUAAAAGAAGCUGAAUUUAUAAAAAAUUGCCAUAAAUAUAAUGAACAAUGUCCUGUUAGUUUAUUAGAUAAAAUAAGUUACUAUUUGUAA